AUGCCCUCAUCAGGUCGCUCCUCAGGCAUGGUCCGGAGUCAGCGUAUUGCAACUUCCGUAAAGGAAACCCGCGACUCUCCAUCUAAGCAAGCUGAGGAUAGGCUCGUGCUACGUCAGUUCCAACGUCUGUACAAAGGUCUCAUGGCCGAUGAACUAGAACAUCACUUCGAGAACGGCCUUACGAAAGACAAGCUACUGGGGUACAUGAAGGAUGGCGAGAACAUCCUUGAAAUUUCCGCCAAGGUUGCGCCUCUCCAAGACGCCAAUGGGAACGACAUCAUUGAUAAGGUGCCUAUCAAUAUGAACUGGCUCACGCUCCCCACGAGCUUCUCCUCAACUUGGAAAUGGAUCAAAGUAAGAGCUACAAAACUCAAUAAGUAUCUUACUGAAGACGAGGAUCUGGCGUUUCGGAUGAAACAUUACCCGAUUAACGAUGGACUGCAAGGGGAUGGUGACUCCCCGCCGGUCGCUACAACCCCUCGGAAGGAUGUUCAGUAUCCAACACUACCAUCCGCUGACGGAAAGCAUACCGAUGAUCCCGCUGACGAAGCAAUGGCAGCACAUGCCAGGGAGAGAUUCCAACCUCCAUCUCCCUCGGAGAGCCCAGGGGGACCCUCCAGUCGUUCAUCACAACAGAAAGCGAUGAAUACAAAGGGAUUCACCAUCCCUCGCACUGGACUCUCACCGACCUCUACGAAAGGGCCUAUGCCACGAAAUUCAGCACAGAAACGCAAAACAGUAAAGCCCUCAUCAAAGUCUGGCAGUCGAACCGACAACCGUGGCAUAGAUGAUGACUGA